AUGGCGAUGCACAACAAGGCAGCGCCACCGCAGAUCCCGGACACCCGGCGGGAGCUGGCGGAGCUCGUGAAGCGGAAGCAGGAGCUGGCGGAAACACUGGCAAACUUGGAGAGACAGAUCUAUGCUUUUGAAGGAAGCUACCUAGAAGACACCCAGAUGUAUGGCAAUAUCAUUCGUGGCUGGGAUAGGUAUCUGACCAACCAAAAAAACUCCAAUAGCAAAAACGAUCGAAGGAACCGGAAGUUCAAGGAAGCUGAGCGGCUCUUCAGUAAAUCUUCAGUUACUUCAGCAGCUGCAGUAAGUGCAUUGGCAGGGGUUCAGGACCAGCUCAUUGAAAAGAGGGAGCCAGGAAGUGGGACGGAAAGCGAUACUUCUCCAGACUUCCACAAUCAGGAAAAUGAGCCCACCCAGGAGGACCCUGAGGAUCUGGACGGAUCUGUGCAGGGAGUGAAACCCCAGAAGGCUGCUUCCACUUCCUCAGGGAGCCACCACAGCAGCCAUAAAAAACGAAAGAAUAAAAACCGACACAGGAUUGAUCUGAAGUUAAACAAAAAACCACGAGCUGACUAUUAG